AUGUACCAAGAGCAUUACAAUGCCCUCUUCUCCAUGGACUUCAUGGACACCAAGUACCCUCAUGUUGACACGAUGAAGGCCCUUGGAAUCUUUGAGGAUGUGGAGCUAAUUCUCAAGAACAUGCACUUGGCCAAGCUUUUCUCUUAUCACAUGGAAUCCUACAAGGAGCUCACUUGCGAGUUCUUAGCUUCAAUGAGGCAGCUGGAAAUCUUGUUUGGGUUCAACUAUGGAGAGGGUACCAAGUGGAACUUCAAGGAAAAGGAACUCCAAAGGGUUUGGGCUACAAUCGCUGAUGGAGUGUACUCUUCCUCAAGGUCCAAGGCAGCUCAGAUCAGGAGCCCAGUCUUGAGGUAUGUGCACAAGGCACUUGCCAACACCUUCUUUGCAAGGAAGGCGACCGGGACCAUCAACGAGGGGGAACUCAAGUUUCUUGACAUGGGAAUCAAGCCCCUUCUCUCACGCACAAGCGAUGGCAAGAGGAUAAGGGGAGAUAGAUCUGACACAGGGAACUUGAUGCCUUUCCUUGACCACCUCCUUACCUACAAGAUCACGGCCUACAACACUAGACAUCAAGAGGAAGGCGCCUAA